AUGGAUCCCGAGCAAGAUAUCGUGGGCACUGAGGCGACGAAGAAAGCUGACGAAGAAAGAGCAAAUUUCAAGCCGAUCAAACUCGAAGACACUGGUUUCUUCCCUGCGUUUGCAUUAUCCCAGAAACCGAGGUCCCAAGUGAUCAGAUGGCAGCAGGAUUUGAACGAUCGAGAGGAGUCGUACACUCUCGUUGUAUUCGAAUAUACCGGAAAUAGCGAAGACAAGACACCAUGUCACGCCCGUCUCUUUAUUUCCGACUCCGCAAUGGCUCAGUUUCAAGCGACAUUGCAGCCUGUCGUGAACCCGAGUUCCUCAACCCCAUGGCACGCGUUUACUGUGACCAACGAUUUUCAAUACGGACAGCUGAACGAAGCUGGUGAAGCUCGCUUUCUCGUGUAUCAUAAAAAGGAGAGCAAGCCAUACCAGGUCAGAGUUUUUUUUUUUCCCGCUGAGGCCUGA